AUGAGCUCAUCUCCGCUCUCCGGCUACGGGGGCGUUAAAGAUGCGGCUGGUGGACUGGGUCAAGUACAGUGUCUGGAAAUGACCACAAAACGGAAGCUGAUUGGCCGGCUGGUUCCAUGCCGCUGUUUCCGUGGGGAAGAGGAAGUGAUCUCAGUGUUGGACUACUCUCACUGCAGCUUGCAGCAGGUCCCCAAGGAAAUAUUUAGCUUCGAGAGAACCCUGGAGGAGCUCUACCUGGAUGCCAACCAGAUUGAGGAAUUACCCAAGCAACUCUUCAGCUGCCAAGCCUUGAAAAAGUUGAGCAUGCCUGAUAACGACCUCUCUAACCUUCCAACCACAAUUGCCAGCCUGGUUAACCUCAAAGAGCUUGACAUCAGUAAAAAUGGUAUACAGGAGUUUCCAGAUAAUAUUAAAUGCUGUAAAGGCCUGUCAGUGGUUGAGGCCAGUGUCAAUCCCAUCACCAAGCUUCCAGAUGGUUUUACGCAGCUUUUGAAUCUGACUCAGCUCUUCUUAAAUGAUGCCUUCCUGGAGUACUUGCCAGCUAACUUUGGCAGACUCUCCAAACUUCGGAUCCUGGAGCUGAGAGAGAACCACUUGAAAACAAUGCCAAAGUCUAUUCAUCGACUGACACAGUUGGAGAGGUUGGAUCUGGGUAGCAAUGAAUUCUCUGAAGUGCCGGAGGUGUUGGAGCAGAUCCACAACCUAAAGGAGCUGUGGAUGGAUAACAACUCACUACAGUCCAUACCUGGGUCACUAGGAAAACUUCGCCAGCUGCGCUACUUAGACUUAGCUAAGAAUCGAAUCGAGAAUUUGGACACAGAUAUUUCAGGUUGUGAGGCCUUAGAGGAUCUUUUGCUUUCCUCCAACAUGCUUCAGCACCUCCCUGACUCUAUAGGAAUGUUAAAGAAGCUGACAACACUUAAAGUUGAUGACAACCAGCUGACCUCACUGCCAGGAACCAUUGGGAGUGUGAAGCCCAAGCAAGGUCUGUGUCUAUUGGAGGAACUGGAUUGUAGCUGUAAUGAGUUGGAGUCACUGCCUCCAACCAUAGGCUACCUGCACAGUCUUCGGACCUUUGCUGCUGAUGAGAACUUUCUCAUUGAACUUCCCCGAGAGAUUGGUAACUGUAAGAAUGUCACAGUGAUGUCACUACGUUCCAACAAACUUGAGUUCCUCCCUGACGAGAUAGGACAGAUGACCAAACUUCGAGUUCUAAACCUUAGUGAUAAUAGGUUAAAGAAUCUACCGUUCACCUUUACUAAGCUAAAGGACCUGGCAGCUCUCUGGCUUUCUGACAAUCAGUCCAAGGCUCUGAUCCCCUUACAGACAGAAGCCCACCCUGACACCAAACAGAAGGUUUUGACCAACUACAUGUUUCCUCAACAACCUCGUCAUGAUGAGGAUUAUCAAUCAGACAGUGACAGCUUUAAUCCUACUCUGUGGGAGGAGCAGAGACAGCAGAGAAUGACUGUGGCCUUUGACUUUGAGGACAAGAAAGAAGAGGAGGAUAACUCCGGGAAGGUCAAGGUCGAGAUAAAUUUAAAACGCUAUCCAACACCCUAUCCCGAGGACCUGAAGAAUAUGGUCAAGUCAGUACAAAGCCUCGUGGGUAAAAACGUCCACACUGGGCAUGGGCACCAGCACCACCUUAGCACAGGCACUGCCACCUCAGCAGGAACCAAUAUGGAACUUGCACACCAUAACAAAGAACCGUAUGAGCCACCAUGGCCUCUGCCUCCCAAAGAGGUAACAGACAGAGAGAUGCAGGACUUCUCUCAGACUCAGCUAAUGGAUCAGGGGUCGAUGCAUAAUUCUGGCAUUGACAUCCCAAAAAGGAAGGACAAAGAGGACCUGACGGAGAGCUCAGAGGAUUCAAUGGGCGGCUCACCCAAUGACAUCCGAAUCUCUGACAUGAGGCCCACCUUAGUGGAGCCACCGAUGUACAAACCAAAGGUGGUGCUGCUUGGAAAGGAUAAGAAAGAAUCUACAGACGAGGAGGUGGAUAAGCUACACUGUCUGAACCACAGCGGCUCGUCGGCCACUUACUCUGAUUACUCUCCGUCUGUGGGCUCUUCUGGCUCCUCCAACCCACCCGCUAACACUCAUUCCCACCCUCACUCUCACACACACCAACACAACCCUUCCCUGCCAGCACCCAACAAGGACCAGGCUCCUCAAACACAUUGGACCAACAGACUGGCACAGUCUUUUCCUAAACCUAUUGACUCCAAGCCCCUGCUGUCGCAAAGGGAAACUCCUCCAUCAGGGACCCUGCAGCAACGUGGAGACAGACGUCCAUUGAGUGAGCCUUUUGACUGGUCUGAGGCCCCUCACUAUGACAACACCGGCUUUGAUGCCGAGGAGUCUCCCCUAGAAACCUCAUCGUCUACUACGAGCCAGGGUAAUCCGCCACUGGGUUCCAAACCUCGGAGCCAGUCAACACAUGGCCGCCGUCCUCUAUUAAGGCAAGAGCGAAUUGUCGGCGUCCCAUUAGAGCUGGACGCACAGACACUCCCCUUUCACACCAACCAACGCACCGCACAUGAAAAUGAAGCCCAAGCUUCUGCACAGACUUCUCAGAAUCCUUGGCAGAAUUGGACCCGUACUCCUAGCCCCUUAGAAGACAGGACAGCUUUUCCCUCCAAACUGGACCUUACGCCAACCUCAAGCCCCAACCCAGACCGCAAGGUGGCAGACCAAAGGCGGGAGCAAUCAUCAGGGCCUCUUCCUGGUAGCUGGUCAUACCAUAAUAAUCAAGUGGAGCAAAACAGAAAGGAUCAGCUCACUGUCACAGGGGGCAAUAAAGUAACUGUGGUAAUGAGUAAAAGCUCUGACCGACUAUCUCCGAUGAUGAAAGAGACAAGAUCCAAAUUUAAGAAAUCACAGAGCAUCGAUGAGAUUGACAUUGGCGCCUAUAAAGUAUACAGUAUUCCCAUGGACAGCUACAGCUCAUCAAUUGAGCAGCAGAGCAGCUUGGACCGACAAGAGCUGCCAGGUUCCAUGGAGCAGACCAACAUUGCUCGGUCCCAGUCGGCACCUAUGCUGGAUGAGGAACUUGGAUUCCCAACACAUGGCAACCAAAACCAACAGGGGCACAACCAAAAACCUGCAGUACCACAUAAAGCCUACCACUUUGACCAAAAUUAUAAUCCUCAGGUGACUGUGGACCGGCGGGCACCUCCCCCUUUCCCCAAUACACCAGAUUAUGUCAACCACUCAUCAAAAGCAUUGGAGUACAUCAAUCAACCUGGAAAGACAUUACCCAAGGAGUUGGUGAGCCCUCGGUAUCGUGCUUAUCCACCACUGGAGAUGUUUUCCUUUCCUCAAUCACCAGUCAAUCAGGAUGGUUCAUCAACCCAGCAACAGCAACCAAUCCCAUCGCUACGAUCUAGGCCAGGGUUUUUGAGAAGAGCAGACUCACUGGUGAGCUCUACCGAACUUGCUUUAUUCCGUAGAGUCCACGAAGCUCAGCAGGAGGCACUGCAAGAAGCUCAGUACAGACAGCAACACCAGGGGGACCCUCCACUUUAUAGUCGAGCUCUUGCUUAUUCCUCCCCCAUGGACCAUUCUGCCAACAUAGUAGACAACCAGAAUCAAAUGAUGCACAACAAGAGAAAUGGACGCUAUGAUGAUGAUUAUCCCAGCUACCAGGAACAGAAGAAACCCAUGACUGGUUAUCCAACCAAGAGCUUGACUCAACGUCGUCCCCUGUCUGCUAGAAGCUACAGUACUGAGACCUACGGAACAUCCCAGGCACGUCCAGUGUCAGCUCGCCCCACCAUGGCUGCCCUCUUGGAGAAGAUGCCUCCUGACUACACUCUGGCAACAUGCCCAGAGAAGUCUUCAGAAGACACCAUCAAGGUACGACCUGUGGUACCACAGAAGCCUGAAGACAUCACCUCAAAGAUGCCUGCUGAUUGGAGGCAACAGCUGCUGAGGCACAUCGAGGCCAAACGCCUGGACAGGAGUGGUGUCCUAAAGCACAAUAUGCUCACGCUGGGCAUGCUCUGUCAGGGCGGGGGUCACGGCCAGGGGCGCAGCAGCACUUUGAACUUUAACGUUUACAAUAACGCUAAGCAUGAGCCACCUGCUGGCCGCUGGCUGCCACUACCUCCUCCUCCAUCUGCUGCUGCUACCCCCUCUCAGCAGUCUGCUAUGCUGGAUAACGACCAAGAAGGUGUGUCAGGAAGCAAUCAGUGGGUUCCAUACUCACUUGGCAGGAGAGAUGUCCCACCUGACAACCUCAUCAAAAAGGGAGGCCACUCUCACAACCCUCCUCACCAAUCACACAACACCAUGAUUGUUACUUCAUCAUCAUCUUCCUCAGCCACAACCCCUCAUCGUAUGGUUGGCCAGCAGGGUUAUGAUGGUGGAAUGAUGAAUAAGGGGGUGCAGUAUCAGCCAGGAAUGCCUUUAUCAGUUGUUCCAUCUGGCGGGCAAUAUCAAGGAAAUAUGCCUCAAGCCCUUAACACUCCUGGCCAGGUCUACUCAAGUGCUGGCCUGCCCAUGGCCCUAUCCUCAUCUGGAAACCAACCCCAGUACAACCUGCAUACCUCCCAUACGUCACAUCAGCCUCCACACCCUUCUAGCAACCCCCACUACCACAGCAACCAGGGAAUGGCCCAUAGCAACCAGGUUGUUGUGACAACUCACACCAACCCGCGGCCUCAGAGCGCUCGGUGUCUUCUCCAAACUAAAGGCCAGAAGAGCACGGAUGGCUUCCAGGAACAGCUUUGUGUGAGAAUAGAGAAGAACCCUGGUCUUGGUUUUAGUAUCUCUGGUGGCAUCAGCGGUCAGGGGAACCCCUUCAAACCCUCUGACAUGGGUAUCUUUGUUACUAGGGUACAGCAUGACGGGCCCGCUGCUUCUUCUCUGCAGCCUGGAGACAAAAUACUGCAGGCUAAUGGACAUAAUUUUUUACACAUGGAACAUGAGACAGCCGUCUCUCUGCUGAAGAGUUUCCAAAGGACGGUGGACUUGGUGGUUCUGAGGGACAGCAGCACUCCCUAA